UUGCAUGUUUCCGUAAUGUAGAUAGCCUACAGGAACACGCAAGAUUUUCAUACAGUAAAAACUACCUUCACUUACUGAAGCGGGAUGCAAUCAAUUCUGACAGUUCCACAAACACACUCCGAUAGAGCGGUAUAGACUAUAUUCAAUUUGCGGUUACCCCCAGUGUGCGGAUACACAUAAUGGCAUUCAGGACUGCUGGCAUCUGUAUGCCAUUUUUGAUGGCGACUCUGGUCUCUUCAUCACGUCUGCACCCUCAGCAUUCUGUAGAGAUGCUUACUGAUAUUGUAAUUUCUGUGCAAGAGUAUGUCAGAUCAGGGUGUGUUUUCUUUUUGUGUCCUACCACAUCAGAGAUUCGUGAUAGUCUGUUACUUAUGAGACUAGAGAGGUCAGUGAACAGACAGGGUGUCCUAGCAGCAGCCGUUUCUACCCGUACGAUAGACCAAGCCUUCAACUGUCGCCACAACCGGCCACUUUUUGUUUCAUUGUUCACUGAUCCAACAAUUCAACAGUCCCUGAUACAGUUAUCAAGUACUAUAGAUAUAUCAGAAGCUAAAUGGCUGCAAUUUAUAAACUUAGAACAAGUGGAAGAAUAUUUUGGCAAAAUGUACGUCCCUCUGGACUGUCAAUUCAUUGUGGCACAACCAGGUGAAAACGGUGCGGUAACAUUCACCGAAGUUUAUCACAUCGGCAAAAAUCAGCGACUGAUGACGUUCAAACUGGGCGAAUGGGUUCCUAAAAGAGGUUCUGUCUGGACAAACACAACGUUUUACACGCGCAGAGGAGACCUUCAAGGUGUCAGCAUUAACGCAGCAGUCAUCUCAGACGGUGCCAUCUGCAAUAUCACAGAGAUGAGAAACAACAAACCAGUUCGAGUAGAAGGAUUUUUCGGCACACUGUGGAAUGCAUUACAGUAUCGACUGAACUUCACAUCUGAGUUUAUGAAACCUACGGACGGAAAUUAUGGGUCCAUGAACAGGAGAAAGUGGAGUGGUAUGAUCGGAAUGCUCGUCAGACAGGAGGCGGACGUCGCAGUGGGCGCUUACAUCAUGACUGAGCGUCUACUCCAGUACGUUAACUUCGCUUCCCCAAUGGGGAGAACCAAGAUAGCUGUGUUUGUGAGAAGCCCUCGUUCCUUAUUCGAAACGUCCUGGGACUCCUACCUUGCACCGUUCAGCAUUAAACUGUGGGUGGCCGUGUUAUGUGCCAUACUCGUCCUCACAGUAGGGCUGGCCGUCACAUUCAACAUCGGACGCAACAUUGGAAACGAAGAGAGUGGCAGCAUUGCACUUUAUUCCCUGUAUGAUUCAUUCAUAUACGUAUUCGGAUGCUUCUGUCAACAAGGUCAUGAGAGGACGCCGCGUUCCUGGCCCUGUCGUCUGGUUUAUCUGACGGCGUACCUGACGGCCGUCGUAUUAUUUGCCGCUUACUCGGCCACUUUCAUCUCCUUCCUCGCUGUUCGUCACACUCCUCUGCCUUUCAAAACAUUCGAGGAAAUGCUGCAAGAUGGCACAUACAAGCUGGGAAUUCUUAACCACUCCGUCGAGCUCAAUUUCUUUGAUACGGCAACAGAGGCGGUCAUGCAGCAAGUGUACGAUCAGCUGAUUCUUCCAACCAUGUACGACGCUCCACCCGACACCCUGGCGGGUCUGCAGCGGGUGUGUGACAAGUCAAAGUACGGUUUCGUGGUGGACUCGACGCGUGCCGCCAGCGUCAUGAACAAUGUGACGUGUGAAAUCGAGGAGCUGCCCCACGCCUUCAUUCCGGCCACCGGAACUUUCGUCAUUGGGAAACACAGUCCCUACCGCAGAAUCAUCAACAGCAAUCUGGAGUCUAUGCGGCGGCAUGGUGAACUAGGGUGGUUAUUUCACCACGCGAUGCCGUCGAUGGCUACAGAUACGUCUUCAUCUAUCCUGCCAAAAGUUCAGAUACAAGAAGUGCUACCUGUCCUUGUGAUAAUCGCUGCGAGUCUCGUUGUGGCCAACGCGUUUCUAGUCAUGGAGAGAUGCAUUCACCGGCUUGUGUACCGAUAUCGACACCGACAGAGGCUGUGCCAAUGCGACGCACGGUUCGUCAACUCAGCGUGCAAAACGGUCAAGUAAACGUGAUUGUCUGACCAUCAUUCAUUGCCCAGGGGGAAGAAAUUUGAACUUUAAAUGCUAUAUGCACAUCACUUUCCAACUUUAUAUUGUGGUUGACAUAACAAAAAUAAUUAAAACCUACUUCAACGGGUAUCGAAGUGGCUUCUUACUCCGACCUUUCCAAAUAUCUA